AGCAGCUCAUGCAUAUUCAUGACUACUAUAGCAUCCUGGGUACGACACCAUUUUUUUUCCAUUUCCAAUCAACACAACGGAGAUUUCUCAGUUUCGAACAUCAGCUUGUCCUGAAACUUAACGGAUAACAAGAAAAGAUAGAUUCUGCAUUGAUUUUGGUGAAUAGCGUUGUCACACGCCGUUAUCGACGUUCUAUAAUGAACGAAUUAUUUUUUUCGUAAAAUGACUCGAUUAUCGCUCUCUGUUUAAUUAACAAUGGAACUGUAACAUGUCGGUAAAACUUGGUGCUGUCAGCGGUACGUAUCACGUACAAGCGUCUGAGUUGCAGAGAGAUCGCCCUGUUGCCUCGGUGACUGCAAAAACUUUCGAUAGUAUUGUCAUAUUUUUGGAUGAUAAAAAUUAUCCUUUUACUCUUGAUAAAAGAUCGAAGGGAAGCGCUUUAUUAGAUGCUGUGUACAAUCACUUGGAAUUAUCAGAGCGUGAUUAUUUUGGGUUACAAUUUGCGGAUCAGUCUCAAGAUUACGAAAACGCGCAAAACGGAUCCUGUCACUUCAGAUGGUUGGACGGAAAUAAACCAAUCCGUAAACAAGUAUCCAUUCUUCACAAUCCUACCUUUUUUUUCCGCGUCAAAUUCUACGUAACGGAUCCAUCAAAGCUUCGAGAAGAAUAUACACGUUAUCAUUAUUUCAUGCAGAUUCGAACAGAUAUUGCUAACGGCAAAUUGCAUGCUCCUGUUGACACUGCCAUUGUUUUGGCCGCAUUAACUGUACAAUCUGACUUAGGUGAUUACAGCCCGGAGGAACAUGGACCAGAAUAUUUAAGAGAUGUGAAGCUCAUUCCAAAUCAAACACAUGCUUUUGAGCAAGCAGUUAUGCGGGCGCAUCAACAACAAAGAGGUAAGAAUCCUGCUGAUGCUGAGUUUGCAUACUUGGAAAAGGCUGCGCGUUUAGAUCAAUAUGGAGUGGAACUCUACACAGCUAGAGUAAAGGAUGCUAGCCAAUUAGAAAUUCAAUUAGGAGUAACUGCCGCUGGUCUUGUUGUCUUUCAGAAUAACAUCAAGAUUAAUACAUUUGCAUGGUCGAAAAUUGUGAAGAUAUCUUUUAAACGGAAGCAAUUUUUUGUCAAAUUGCGACGAGAUGACGCAGCCGACGAUGGGCAAAACGCCAGUUCUAGUAGUAAUGCUGCCACAGGUGAUUUGAUCGGAUUCAAUCUCGAAUCAUAUAGAUCUUGUAAGGAUUUAUGGAAGUCCUGUGUGGAACAUCACACUUUCUUUCGCAUGCAUAACUCUCAAACAACGACCAAACGGAGCUUCUUUUCUUCCAAAUAUAGAUAUAGAUCGCCGAGUGGUCAAUUCGUACGACGACCUGCUGGCGGUAGCACCCGAAAUAACCUGAUGGAAGAGCGACGACCCCCACCUCCGCUGAAUGUUCCUAAUUCAAGAAGUCUGAAUAAUAUGCCAAAUCCUACAAGUACACCAGCCAACGGUGGUCCGCAGAAAAAAGCUUGGUCAGCUGAUAAAUUACAUGAGAAGAAUCACCAGGAUGCCAAACGUCAAGCAUCACCAACAUCCAACGCAAUACAAGUUAAUGGAAAUAAUCAAUUUGAAAAAUUAGUAUGCGUUAGAAUAAAGCCCGACUCUGAGGGUCGUUUUGGAUUUAAUGUUAAGGGCGGAGCUGACCAGUCAACACCAAUUAUCGUUUCUAGAGUAGCAAAAAAUUCACCAGCCGAUUUGAGCCUUCCUCGUUUAAACGAAGGUGAUCAAGUUCUGUAUAUAAAUGGCAGAGACGUAUCUCAACAUACACAUGAACAAGUAGUCAUGUUUAUACGAGCAUCCCGUGAGACACACUCUGGUGAAUUAGAAUUACUUGUGAAGCCAAAUAUGUAUAAUAUAGGGCAGGAUACGCCUGGAUUUUGUGAUGAGGCUGACUACACAUUGGAAAAUGGACAAUUAAGCAUUCCUUAUGCGGAUACUUUACGUGGUUCCAUGACUGUACUAUCUCAAGCCGUCGAGAGCGGCCUUGCGUCUCUACAAUUUGAAAAACUUUACCGUACAAAGGCCAGCGGAAUGUUCAGCGAGGCGAGGAAAGAUUGUAAUAUGGCAAAGAAUCGUUAUAGAGAUAUCUCUCCUUAUGAUGAUUCGAGAGUUGUUCUUUUUCCUACUAAUCAAGGCACUGACUACAUAAACGCAAACCACGUAAAUAUGAACAUACCCGGAUCAGGCAUCCGAAAUUGUUAUAUUGCUGCUCAGGGACCUCUGCAGAACACAGUAAAUGAUUUUUGGAGUAUGCUCUGGCAGCAGCGAACUUCUUUAGUCGUCAUGCUUACUUUAAGUAUGGAGCGGGGUAGAGAUAAAUGUUUUCAGUAUUGGCCGCCAGUCUAUGAAAAAAAGCAGUACGGUUUGCUGUCGGUGACUUGUAUUCAUCAGAAUACCAAUGAUAAAUUAGCCAUACGAGAUUUAAACGUUGUUGAAGGCAACGAUGAAAGACAUAUCAAACACGUUCAGUAUUUGGCGUGGCCGGACCACGGCGUACCGGACGACGCUGCUCACUUUUUACAGUUUGUUCGCCGUGUUCGCGAGUGGAGAGCUGGAAUGGUUGAGCCAACGGUUGUACAUUGCAGUGCUGGCAUUGGUAGAACUGGUGUUUUAAUUGGUAUUGAAACGGCCAUGUGCUUAAUAGAGGCCAAUCAACCCGUUAAUCCGGCAAAAAUUGUUCAAGAAAUGAGAGAGCAACGAGCAAUGAUGGUUCAAACUGUUGACCAGUAUAGGUUUAUCUGUGAUGCAAUUCUUAAGCUCUAUAAUGGUUAG